AUGCCCCUGCAAUUCAAAUCCCUCGCCUCCAAUUCAAAUAUCGGCUCGGUUGCUGUCUACUUACCCCCCAAAAAUUCAAACCUGAGAGGAGGGCUCGCUCUCUCUCUCUCUCUCUACACACUGCUGCAACCAGCUGAAGCUCGGAGCAAGGCUUCCGAUCUCCCCCUCCUGCACCUCAGAUGAGAGCAGAAGUAAUGGAGAUCUGAGAAGUCCAUUUCUUCUCUCUCUCCCUCGCUGUCUCCCUCGACGCUUACUGCUGCUGGACGCAGCAGAAGGCUGGAAGGGGGAAGCUACAGGAUCGCCUCCGCCUCCUCAGAUGAAACGAGAAGUCUGGGAGACUUAGCCGAGGUCGUCCAGAAGAGUAGUCCAGGAUUCUUCCUCUCCGGAUCCUGUUUUUUAAUUCAUCACUCAGGUGAGAACAAAUGGUCACUAGUAAUCGCGAUUUCCCCCUCGGCAUUGUUCUGUUAAUGCAGAGUAUUUUUUUUUGGUUUCAUUUGCAUGAUUUCGGUUUAUUAUGCAGAAUGCUGAGGGAUCUGAAAUUCUUCCGUCGGAAUUCCGGCAAGACCACGCCGGCAGACGGUAACGACGAGAACGUGGCUCCCACCGAUGGUUCCACCGUCCAUCCUGGAACGAGCUUCUCCCGAGUUCCUUUCAACGCAAUUCAGGAGGCUUUGGCGAACCAUACGCCGGAUCCCGACCAGGAAACGACGCAUAAGCGGAAGAUCGAGAAGACGCCAUCCAAGGCCUGCAACAUCGGGAGUCAUGCCCCUGCUUCCAAGGGCAACCACGUCGUGAGUCACGACGCUUCUUAUUUGCGCACGCCGGAAAAGCCUCCUGUGGCGGUCACGCCAGCGGGGACGGCUAGAAAUAGGUUCGGCUGGGCUAUGAAGAAUGAUAAUGGAACGAAUGUUAGCAAGGCUAUUGAGGAUUCCGGACACCCUUUUACUGUGACGUCCCAGUUGCCGCCUUCGGACCGUGGUACAAGCACUGGUGUUGGAGGUGGUCCUGGUUUCACGACACCUCGAAUGUUUAAGACGAUGGGCAGGACAUCGUCACUUCAUUCCGAGUGUAGCUCGACUCAGGGCACACCAACGAAAAGUGUUACCAAGCCUCUCAACCCGGGUAUGGGAGGAAGUCGUCCUUCAUCGAGUGUCAGCAAUCGUGCUGCAAACUCUGCUUUAUGCUCCAAACAGACUCCAAUGUUGUCCUUUGCAUCUUCUACGGUUAAUACGGUUGAAGUACCUCACUUCGAAUUGAAGGAGGAUCCCUCUUUCUGGAUGGAUCACAAUGUGCAGGUAAUAUUCUUUUUCUAUCCAAUUCUGGUUCUCUAUGUGCAACACAAACGUACGUAUUGAAGUCGUGUCUAGUCUUCGAUGCCAUUUGGUUGUAGGGAGCUAGCUCAUCGGUGAAUGAAGUUACUUCAGAUAGAAUGCAGAGAACGUUGAAGGAUUAAUCCUUGUCUCUUAAAGCGAUUAGAAUGGUUUUGACCGCUUAAAUUGUCGAAGGCUGUUCCGCCGGAAAACAAACGAUUUUCAUUCACUGAAUGUAGCGGUGUUUCGCAUCAUAAUUUGCAGGUUGUGAUUCGGGUCCGUCCACUCAACAGCAUGGAACGGGGGUUGCAUGGGUACGGUAGAUGCUUGAAGCAGGAUAAUUCACAAUGUAUCGGUUGGAUUGGGCAACCAGACAGCCGAUUUACAUUCGACCAUGUAGCCUGUGAAAAAAUAAACCAGGUCUGUGCUUUUGCAGCGACAAAAUGGGAGAUGCAUUUCUCUGCUUUAUUAUUUAUUUCUUGGCUUGGAUUGAACUUCGUGCGCAGGAAACAUUCUUCCGGGUGGUGGGCUUACCUAUGGUUGAGAAUUGUAUGUCUGGCUACAAUAGCUGUAUAUUUGCCUACGGCCAGGUAGUUCUCUUUCAAAUUUCUUCUCUACGCACCGUUGGGUGCCUGGUUACCAUGUUACAUUAGACACAAUAUUGGGUCGUACCCGUAAAUCCUAUUUUGUGAAUGCAGACUGGAAGUGGGAAAACGUAUACAAUGCUCGGUGAGAUCAAUGAGCUGGACUUGAGCCCAAGUUCAGAGCGGGGAAUGACUCCUAGAAUCUUUGAGUUUUUGUUUGCAAGGAUUAAAGCGGUAAGCAAGUACAUAACUCUGUAUACUUUUUGUCCUCUGUAUUUCUAUAUAUUGUUCACUUGUGUUCUGGAUGCAGGAAGAGGAAAGUCGGAGAGACGAGAAAUUAAGAUACAAUUGCAAGUGUUCCUUCUUGGAGAUUUAUAAUGAACAAAUAACAGAUCUUCUUGACCCGUCGUCAACCAAUUUAUUAGUGAGUUAGCACCCUCUUGACUUCCUAGAACCAAUUUUUUUUGUAGAGAUUGUCAGAAACAUGUUAAUGUUUUCCCAUCUUUUCUUAAUGUACUAUGCCAUAAUGCCUCCUUGUUGUACAGUUGCGAGAGGACGUCAAUAAAGGCAUAUACGUCGAAAAUCUCAGUGAGUUCGAAGUUGAAACAGUCAGUGAUAUUCUGAAACUUCUUAUUCAGGUAACCUGCAAGUGUAUCGAAAUUUUAGGACAUAUACCUUGAUAAUUUGAUUCUGCCUGUAGUUUGAGCCAAUUUUCUCUUUAAUAUGAGUUUUAAUUGUAAAUUUUUGCUUAGGGUUCUGCAAAUAGGAAAAUUGCAGCUACAAAUAUGAACCGGGAGAGUAGCCGUUCGCACAGUGUUUUCACUUGUGUCAUUGAAAGUAGAUGGGAGAAAGAUUCAACGACAAACUUGCGAUUUGCAAGGUUGAACUUGGUAGAUCUUGCUGGUUCUGAGAGGUAGAAUGAUGCCUCACCAAUGCUGAUUUUGACUAUUAUCAUUUAAUAGGAAUUUUUCUGUUUCUUGAUUUUUGCCUAUUCUUUGACUCGUGGACAGACAAAAGACAUCAGGAGCUGAAGGUGAGCGACUCAAGGAGGCUGCAAGUAUCAAUAAAUCAUUGUCAACGCUUGGGUAUGACGCGUUUGAUCACGGACUGAUUAAUUCAGCAGAUUCCUGACUCGAAUUUUGUCGUCUAAACAAUUUAUCUCCCUUUUGCAGUCACGUGAUAAUGGUUUUAGUUGAUGUUGCACGUGGGAAGCAGCGGCAUGUUCCUUACCGAGAUUCAAGGCUUACUUUUCUUCUCCAGGUUGGAUUCUAAAUUUGACUUAGUCCCGGUCAGAUAUGUCUGAUGGGUGAAUUUCCCUGAUGAGAAUUCUGUUGCAGGAUUCAUUGGGGGGUAAUUCAAAAACGAUGGUUAUUGCUAACGUUAGCCCUUCCGUAUGGUGUGCACCUUAAGUUUUUAAUAUCACACUUAUUUUUCUGAAUUUUUUUGUCAAGAGUUUUUUCUGGAUGGAUGGUCUAAAGCUUUGUAUUUCAUUCCAUUCCCAGCUGUGCAAGCGAAACACUCAGCACUUUGAAGUUUGCUCAACGCGCAAAACUAAUCCAGAACAACGUGAAAACUGCUAUCAUCCUGAAUCUUAUAGUAACCUAGUUAUUUUUAUUGAUUUUUCUACUUGACAACUGAUUUUUUCCCUUUCUUUUAUUUCAAAAAAUAUUAGGCUGUUGUAAAUGAAGAUGCUUCAGGAGAUGUAAUUGCACUGCAACAUCAGAUACAGUUGUUAAAGGUAAUCAAUUUCUCUCUGAACGAACUUGCGCAAAUUAACAUUUAAUUGCGUUAUUAACAUGUGAAAUCUAACAUUGCAUCAGGAGGAGCUUUCAGUCCUCAAGCGUCAAAAUGUUUCAAGAUCUUUGUCAUUUCGUUCGGCGAUUUUCCAUGAUCCUAUUGGCGAACAAUGGGAUGUUCCUAAAACGAGAACAUUGACGGAGGGAUCACGUGGAAGUGAUACUGAUGUUCACGUGUGUGAGGACUCAAAGAAUAUUAGAGUAUCCACUAAGCAGGUAUCUUGGUGUUAAAUGACAUGAUUGACCUAGUAAUAGUGUCUUCGAUGUGUGUUCUCCGUGUCUUUUAGGUCAGCAACCUACUACCUGAUGAUCAAGUAUUUUGACGUUUCUUUUCAGCUGAAAUCUGUAGAAAUGUUGUUGGCUGGUGCUCUUAGGAGAGAAAAAGUAGCAGACACUACUAUAAAACAACUUGAAGCUGAAAUUGAACAGCUGAAUCGCCUGGUAAAAUCUUUGAUUGUAGCCAUUUGUCUGCUAAAUGCCGUGGAGUCCCGAAAUCAGUGACAAUGUUUUUGAACUUCAGGUUCGCCAGAGAGAAGAGGACACCCAAUGCACGAAAAUGAUGCUUAAAUUUCGAGAGGAUAAAAUUCACAGAAUGGAGUCUCUUGUAGAUGGUCUCAUGCCUUCUGAAACAUAUUUGGCGGAAGAGAAGAGUUCGCUUGCUGAGGAGAUUCAACUACUGCAAUCGAGGGUUGACAGGCAUCCUGAAGUGACCCGGUUUGCAUUAGAAAACAUCAGACUUCUAGACCAAUUAAGGAGGUAGCCUGAGCCCAUUCACAUGAAGUUUAUUGCUGUGAGGAAGACUGGUAGUUUACUAUUUUCGACAUGUAUUUGCAGGUUUCAAGAUUUCUAUGAAGAAGGAGAAAGAGAGCUAUUAUUAGGAGAAGUAGCUGAGCUGCGGAACCAGGUUCGCGGAAAUAGGAAAUUCAAGAGGAAAUAUGCGAUUUGGUUUUCAUUUUUCUUACGGUUGAGUUUUUUAACUGCUUGAAAGAGCAAAUGAACCUAGAAAUGCUCACUUUUUGUUCAACGAAAACUGCUUUAAAUCUUUACAGCUAGUUCGCUUACUGGAGGAAAGAUCUAAUGCAGAUGAGGGUAAAAAUUUAGCGGCUGAAAAUCAGGUCUGUUAUUGAUUUGUGAUUUCAUUAUUCAUUUUCAAUUUAAUUGUGUUAUCAUUGAUUACAAUUAUAUUCUUUUUUGGCUGACUGUAGCCUGUCCAGAUUGGAUCUACUGUUUCCACCACUGAAGAUGAUGCAUUACGGACAGAGGUCUGACUUUCUUACGGUUACCACUAUCCAGAUCUUUGUGGUUGAUUUGCAGCUAUAAGUUGGUUUUGUUGUAUUUGUCGGAGAAUAUAUUUAUUCAAGUAGUUGAUAACGUGUGCUUAUCCCUUUGUUUUCAGCUGACGAGGACCUGCCAAGAGUUAGAGGACUGCAGAAAUAGGCUAAAAUGUUGCUUAGAAUCAAAUGCAAAACUCACCAUGUAUGUUAAAUAUCAUGUACAUAGAUCCGGCUGUUUUAAUACAGAAAUGCAGCCUUCUUACCGUGGGCAAGGUGUUCUUUUUUGUUUCACCCGCAGGGAGAUAGGAAGUCUACAGACUCAGUUAGACUGCCUCAACGCUGUAUGCAAGACUAAUGCUGAACCUGAUGAUAUGGUAUACUAUAUCGAUAAACCCAACAUAGUACAUAUUCUGUGCAUUUGCUUUAUUAGUGUUACCACGUAUUGCUUUGUUAUGGAUGUCUGUGUUUGUACAUUAUGAAUCCCAAAAUUGAAAGUUGUCACCUGUGCAUAAUGUUGAUGGGAUAUGAUUUUCAGGAGCUGUGUUCAGAGUUUUCUUCAAUGGAAAACCAUGUCAAUGAAAAGGAGGUCGAAGGGGUGAAUAUAAUUCCGGCAAACCAGUCUGAAAAAAUUGUUCAUUUGCAGCUGGAGUUGGACAUAUUGAAAACAAUUUUUGAAGAAGAGAGAGGAUCCCGUGCUAAGCUGGAAGAGAGAGGUUCCUCUGAGAAAAACAAACUUUUGAUGGACGAGGAAAGGGUUAUGGAGAUUAGCAGGCAUUAUGAAAAUGCCAAAAACGAGUUGAGGGAUGCAAGAUCCAUCAUUGAUGCUCUUGAAUCUCAACAGCUUUUACUAAUUACCGAGUUGGAUGAACUGAGAGAAACCCACAAGCCAAACAUAGAGGUCGAAUGGGAACAUCACCCCGAGAUCCUGAAUGCUGGAGAAAAAGUUGGAUCUGGGAAUGAAUAUGAUGAGAAAAAGACUUCAGAGCCUCAUAAUCUACUGCAGCCUUUGAAGCGCUCAAGAAAUGAGUCGUGGGAAAAAAAUAAAAGGAAGCAAGAAACCCUAAAGAAAGGCUCGUUUGAGCAAGAAAUGGAUGAAGUUUGCCGGCAGGCUGAGGCUGAGACUGCUGAAGUGAUCGUAUGCUUACAAGAUGAAAUAGCCUCUCUCAGGGAGGAAGUCGAAAAUAGCAGCAGAAACGAAGCUUUUGCUCGGCAGUGUUUGGCCGAAUUGGAAACGGAAAUGAAAGAUGUCCAAGAAAGGUUUCUUCUAGUGACCCAAGAUAAUGAGCGGCUCAAUGAGCUAAUUGAAUUAAAAGAUGAUCAAGUCAGAACACUGUCUGAGGAAUGGGAGAGAGUGAUUCGCGAGAUUGCAGAAAUCCUCUCUGAUGGGAACACGGUCCUCGACGAUGCUUGUAAUGACGUUUAUUCCAUGAUUGAUUCCUUUCCUCCUGGGGCCUGGUUGGGGGAGCAGGUUGGGAGAAUUAAAAAGGCCAUAUCUGACAGAGACGCACUAAUUGAAGAACUACAAAACUGUGUGGACGAUGCAGAGAAGGUAAGAGGUGAGAUGGAGUGGAAGCUUAGGUCAUUGAGAGGUGCAACACUCGCAAUUACUGAAGCUCAACAGCAGGAAAACAGUGAUAGAGAAAGAGAAAUGCAUCAGUUGACGUCAGAGCUAUCCGAGAAAUCAUCAACUAUAUCCAGGCUGCAGAAUAUCAUUCAGUCUGGUGAGCAGAACAUGAGGAAGUCAGAGAUACUUGCGUCUGUUGCCUUUAAAACAGUUGGCAGAAUAUCUGAGAUAAAUUCUAUUUAUCUUGAGGCACUGGAAGAGAAGGAGUUUCAGGUCAAUUACUCUGACGUAAUGCAUUUACUGAAAGAUGCUAUGCUACAAGAUCAGUUUUCUCUGAAUGCCAGUCUAGUAAUGGAGAUUCAGGUUCUUCAGUCGCAACUAGCAGAAUAUGAGGACAGGAUUUCUAUAUUAGGAUCCGUGGAUGACCUUCAGAAGACAAGGGAGAAGUUGAGUGAGUUUACUGUUGGAAUAAGCACUCUGCACUCCUUCGUGAACCCGUUCAUUGAACUGGUGGAAGAACCUGGCAAAGAACACACUGGUGCAGAUCAUUCUAACAGUGUUUCCGGAAACGAGGUAUGUAAGUGCUCUUUUUAUUUUUAUUUCUUGAUACGUUGAGUACACAAACUCGUGUAGUUAUAAUGUCGCCUGAAAUUUGUUGUGAAUAUGGAAUUUUCUUGCAGAUCAAGGUUGAACGAACGUUCUGCACUGCAGCUAGAUGCCAUGAUUUCCAAGGUAUAGCAGAUGGUAAUAAAGUACCACCUUGCAACACCAUCUACGACCCGUGUAACUGGUCACAAGAACAGUCAGGCUGUAGGAUUACUGAAGGUGGUGAUGACAGAGGGAGCACUAUGAUUCUUUUUCAAAAGGAAUUGGAGUCUGCCCUCCAUAAACUAAAGGCAGUACAAGAUCAGAUCUUUAAACUGGUUGAUGAGAAGGAAGAAACAAAAAGAUCCGAGAUCCGGAGCAGGAAAAUGAUGGAAGAUGUUGUGGCGCAAUUAAUGGGGAUGGAGAAGCAUAUCAUUAGUAAAGAGAAAGAACUUGAAUGGGCAUUGCUACAACUGGAUGAAAAGAUGAAAACAGUGGUUGAAAAGGCUAGUCAAUCUCUCUGCUUGCUGAAUGAAACUAACCAGGUGAAGAACCAGUAUCCAUUUUUUUCUUGCCCGAUUUCAUGUUGUUGUCAACUUCAUUAUUGAUUUCUCUUUUCUCGUUUGGUUUCAGCAUCCCAAUGAAUAAUGGAUAGAAGAAUAAUGUGGGCUAUUUGUGUUAUCCAGGAGCUUGAUCUUGAGGUAAGAGAUGCAGACAUGAUUGCAACGCAAAAGGCAAUCGAGGCUUCAACCAUUCUUUCUAAAUUUGAGGAGGCCCAAGAGGCCAUGAGAGAAGCAGAUAUCAUGGUCAAUGCGUUGCUUGUUGCAAAUGAGUCGGCAAGACUUGAGGCGGAAAAGUGCCAGAAAGUAGAAAUCUCGUUGACCUGUGAAAGAGACUGUCUGAAAAGAAAGGUUCAGGAAUUGCAGACUUCCCUUAACAUGAAAAAUGAAGAACAUGCAUCCACGGAGAGGAGACUAGACUCAUACAUCACCGAUCUGACUGAAUCAAGUAAUUUGGUUCUAGCACUUGAAGCUGCUAUUGAGGAGGUGAAGAACACCUUUGGCGACGAGCUAAAAUCAACAAUCCACGAUGUCCAUUGGUUCAAGUCUCAGUUUCUUCUCCUUGCAAAUUUAGCAAGAAAAUGCUUGGAGGAUAUUUGGUCUGAGAUCAUUAAAAAAGACUGUGCUGUAUCUGUGUUAAAUCUUUGUCAUCUGGGAAUCAUGCUGGAGGUAAUAACUGGCUUGAAUGCUGAGAACGGGUUCCUCCACUGUGGCAUGCUUGAAUCUAAUGCGGUCAUGGCAGAUCUGAGAGAACACAAUGUCCGAGCAAAUAAGGAACUUGAAAUGUGCAGCAUCCUCAAGGGAAAGCUCCUUGCGGACAUCAGCAAUAGUUUUACUUGUAUAACAAGGAAAGAAAGCGAUACAGAAAGGUUGAAGACGAAACUUAAUUCUCUGGAAAGGAAACUAAUGGAUGUACAGUUCCAAGAAGAAUCAAUGCUGGCUAGAUCUAAUUUCAUGGGCAAUGAACUUGCUGUUCUGAUCAAGGAGUUUGACACAAACGAAAGCAGGUCUCUGGAAGAACUGUAUUCCAAGGACCUUGAGGCGUGUAUCUUUGAGUCAGUUUUGAAACAGAGGAUUGAAGACUCCGAGCUUAAAUCUGCACGUAUUGUCAAUCUAGAGAGAGAGAGGUGUUCUCUCAUCAAGAUUAUUGGUAGAAUGAGGGAAGAAAUGCUUUUACUCGUGAUUAAUGAGGAAAUAGGGAGAAGACUCUUACUAGAAAUUGAAGCUGACAAUGGUAUCCUAGAAAGGGAAGUAAGAGUAGCUCGAAGUCAGCUCGAGGUUGCAAGUCAAGAAUCGGACACCAUCUUGAAUCAGCUGAGAGAGAGGGAUGGUAUGAUAGAAGCCAUGCGGGUUACCAUAGAGACUUUGGAACGUGAUUUUCAGCAGGCUGUCCUUCUGGAGAUGGACUUAAAAGAUCAAAUUGGUAGACUGCAGAGGAACCUGGAAGAGAAGAUAAUCGAAGCUACUGAUUCUGAGCAGUCCCAUGAGAUUAUCCUCAAAGAACUCUCAUCAAAGAACUUGGAGAUUCAGAUUCUAAACGAGAAAAUGGAUGCAAUGACCUCUGAAAAUUGUACACUCAAAGAACAACUGGCCGAAACCGAGGACAGGUUCUCCACUCAAUUAUAUCUUCUCCAGAACGAGAAAGAUAGAAUCCUUGAAAACUUGAACGAAACAAAUCUGCUAUCUCCCUCACGCAACCUGUCUGUCGUCUCCAGAGAGCUUGAUUCUGGAUAUAAUGACCAAGAAACUUGUUCCAAAAGGGGCACCGCCUUGAACAUUGACGAUGAAUCUUUGAUCAAUGAGACAAUGCACUCUACCCAAAUGGAGGAAGCUCUGGCCUUGAUUAGUUCGAGUCAGAAGAAGUGUUCUAAGGGGAUGAACUCAGUGGGCAGGAUUCUCAAUGAACUGUUCCAUACCCUUGAAGGAAAUAAUUUCACACUGAUGGAUAGAAUGCUACGAGAUUUUCGUGAGCAUGAGGAGAAUGUAUCCAACCUUCUUGAGAAAUUGGAGUUCUUGGAAGCUUCAGUGGAAGAAACAUUGUCCGAAAACUUCUCUCUUCAGUCCGAGUUACAUCAAAAGGACGAAAUGCUGAAAAGCUUGCUGUCUGAUUUCAAGUCAUUUCAGGAGUCUGCGUCUGCGGCAAAGAGCCGAAACGAUGAAACCGAAGAUAUGGAAGCUUUUCUGCAGUCUCUGAGGGAUGAACUCGCAUCAAAAUCAGAUGAACUCCACGAAGUGGUCUGCCAUAAUCAAAUGCUCGCAGCAGAAAUCUCGGAGAAAGUGGGCAUCGUGGAGGUUCUCGAACUGAAUCUUUCUAGAGAGAGAGAGUCAAGGAAACUGCUUGCCGCUCAGAAUGUCGAGCUGAAAGCUGAGAUGGAGACCAUUCUGUCAUCAAAGGACUCCGUCCUUGCGGAAUUAGAAGCUGAGGUUCUGGAAGCAAGAACCUUAUUGGCCCAGAAAGAUCAUUUCCUUGAGAAGCUACAGAAUGAGGUUCUUGAGCUUGCUGAAGAGAGAGACCGUCUCGACUCCAAGAUAACAACCCUGGAGGAGCAGCUUGACAUGGCUCGCGCCCUCGCCGAAGAAAAUGAAGCUAUCUCUGUCGAGGCUAAGCAGGUGGGAAUUUCCUUAAAAAACGGAGGAUAUACAUACUUUAUUCAGAUUAAUAAUUUUCUCCAUUAUUUCUGUUUAUUCAUGCGUAGAUAGCGGAAUCGAAGAAGAUCUAUGCGGAAGAGAAGGAGGAGGAAGUGAGGCUACUGGAGAGGUCCGUUGAAGAGCUCGAGUGUACGGUGAAUAUGCUGGAAAACAAUGUAAGAUCACAUCGAAACUUCUGGUUUUUUCUCUGACAAGAAGAAAUUAAUUUCCUGUUUUUUUUUUUUUCUUCUCGGCAGCUGGAGAUCGUCAAGGGAGAGGCAGAGAAGCAGCGGUUGCAGAGAGAAGAUUUAGAAAUGGAGCUUGAGGUCGUGAGGAACAAGAUGGUGGGCUUGGAGACCUCCAGCGACUCUCUCAUGAUGGCGGAGAGAGAAAGUGCCAGCUCACUGAGGUGAGGAUUUGGCAAUUUAUUUAAUCUUAAGUUUUUAUUUAUCUUGGUAAUAAAUGGUCCUAUGAUGAAAAAAAAAUAAAAAAAAUAAAAAAAAUGGUCCUAUGAGAGCAUCGAUAAGUUAUCAUCUGAGCGAAAUUCGUUGCUCUUUUGGUCAGGCAUCUGGAUGAAAAACUGGGUGAGCUUCUGGAGGCUAGAAAGCAGAUCGAAGCUCUUCAGAAGGACGUCUCAAACAAAGAGUCAGAGGUCCGCAUCCUUUUCAAUGAAAUCGUGUUCUUCGUUCCUCGAUCGAAGUCAACUCCCAGUUGCAGCUAGAUGGGCGCAUUGAGCUCAGUUCAUUCCUCCCUGCAGAUCGUCCAGUGCAAGGCCCACAUCGCUGAGCUGAACAUACAUGCAGAUGCUCAAGCACGAGAGAACAAGCAGCGGGUACGUCCCCAUGGUUCAUUUUCUCUCUCUUUUGACCUCUUCAGGAAAUCCCAGAUGUUCUAUUUCUGGAUGAAUCCCUCGGUUUUGUCAUCCUGCGUUGACCCGAGUAUCGAUUUCUGGUUCAAUUGCUGGUUUUAUCUCUGAAUGUCCAUGGUUUGAUGAAUGCCAACGGUCUAGAUCAAGGAGCUGGAAGCCAUGGCGCAGCAAGUCAAAGCUGAGGCCUCCUCAUCCCACGCUGGGAGUCUGGGGUCGGGCAAGCAAGAGAAAACCGCGGCGAAGACCAGGGGUUCUGGCUCGCCCUUUAAGUGCAUCGGCUUGGGGUUGACCCAGCAAAUGAACUCCGAGAAAGAUGAGGAGUUGACCGCGGCGAGGUCUCGGAUCGAAGAGCUGGAAGCCAUGGCGGCCCGCCGACAGAAAGAGGUGUCCUUUUCUCGCUAGGCUGAAAAAUAUUUGAAUCGUCGCGUUUUAUUCAUGAAUCUGUCUCCCCGCAGAUAUUCAUGCUCAACGCCAGAUUAGCCAAGGCAGAGAGCAUGACGCAUGACGUGAUCCGCGACUUGCUCGGGGUCAAACUCGACAUGACGAACUACGCCGUGAGUUGACUUUUUUAAAGCAAAUAAUUAUCGCCCGUCGUUUUGUUUUGACUGGAUGCGUUCUCGAAUGGCAGUCAUUGCUCGACGAACAUCGGUCGGAUGAGCUGACCGAAGGGACCGCCGAUCCGCGCGAAGAUCCCCAGGAGAAGGUGAAAUCGAGUCUCGCUUUGGGAGAUCUACCCCGCUUUCUUGCAUCCGUUGACUUUUUAUCCGGCGCGUCAACCUUGCAGGACCAGCUGACUGCCAAGCUGAAGGAGCGGCUGGACGAGUUCGUGGAAGAACGGCAGGGGUAAAAUUCCAAUCCGACCCUCGUAUGAGACGGAUGGGUUACCACCCGUUGACUAACGCCGACUUUUAACCUCUUUCCAUAGGUGGCUCGAAGAGAUCAACAGAAAACACUCGGAGAUGAUGGCCGCAAGAACCGCCUUGGAUAGCCUCCGGGAGCGAGAACGGCUGCUGUCCGCCGAUAACGAGAUGCUGAAGGUUGACCAAAGAUUUGGUUCUCCGCAUUUUUCCUAAUCUUGGCAAAUGUCGGUCCCGAACCUCACGGGCCCCGGUCAACUCGCGCAGGCGAAGAACACGAAGCACAAGAGGGCAGUCGCCCAGCUCGAAGACGAAGUCAAAAGGCUUCAGAGGGAGCAGAACCUCCAGCACCGCAUCCACCACCACGCCAAGAUCAAGGCAGAUGAUCUAAUAUCCAUUUAUCUAUUUAUUUAUUUAUUCUGGUAGAUCAUUUAUACAAUUAUCCCAAAGUUUUUAUUGAUUUUAAACAGGAAGAGAACGGCGUGUUGAGGGCCGAGAACGAGGAGCUGACUUCCAGAUUGAGCAAGUCCGAGGAGGCCCUCUCCCGCGUGAAGGAGGAGCUCUCCCGCCAUCGGGUCUCCCGCGGGAAGACCCCACCCCACGUUGACCUCGACGAGGAGCGGCGGCUGCGGGAUCAGCUCCAGGUAGGCGGCCGUCGUCAAACCCUUCCAUCCUCCAUAUUUCAUUACCGAGUGAAAUAAUUUGGAGAAAAUUAUUUUCUUUUUCCUUUUUUUUGGGGAGUAAAAGUCAACUGGGGCCGCUGACUAUGGCAAUUGACGAGGUAGGUGGGUGUCGCUGCUGCAGGGUAGAAUCUCCGGAGAGAGGACGCGACCGUCGGAGCUCCGGCGGUCUUCGCCGCAGGGCCGGCGGAGGAAGGAGAACCUCCCCAUGAGCGGCUGAAGGGAUCGGUGCUCCCCGCUGACCGGCCUCCGGGUGCUCGUGUAAAUAUGGCGGAGAGAAGGAGAUAGUGGAGUACCUUGUCAGCUCCGGGCUGACUCCGGCGAGUGACCGUUGACAUUCGUUCUUUAGUGUAUGUAAACAAUAAUAAACGGCGUCUCUUCUUGGGCUCCCUCUGUUUCGUUAGCCUCAGCUCCAUCUGUCUCUGUUUUCAUCACUGAGAGAGAGAGAGAGAGAGAGAGAGAGAGAGAGAGAGAGAGAGAGAGAGAGGGGGAGGAACGGUAAGAGAGAGGGUGACGAAGGUGAAAGGGAGUUAGAGAUCGGUGUAGAGAGAGAGGGAGAGAGAGGGGGGGGAUAGUAAGAGAGAGGGUAAGGAAGGUGAGAGGGAGUUAGGGAUCGGUGUAGAGAGAGAGAGAGAGAGAGUAGUGAGAGACAGAGAGGGAGGGCAUUCUACGUUGAGGUAUGAAUUUGUAUAUAAAGAAGGAAACUUGUAGCCGGUUACUCUAUCGAUGUUUCCGAUACCGUUUGAUAAGGAGUAGCUCCCACACAGCUAAAACCCUCGCCUUCUUCCCUCUCUCUCUCUCCCCCCGCCCUUCUGCGUCUUAUCUUCCGCUGCCGGGAGAAUCCACGGCGGCGGGUUCGGCCUGAGGCCGCCGUCGCUCUCCGCCUAGCGCCUCUAGCUCCGCCGCUUGAGGAUGGCCUCUCUAGCACCGCCGCUCAGCGCAGCCGCUGCAACGGCGGCGCAUAUUCACAGCUCUUCCGGCGGAACCUCCGCGUCGUUGUCGCGGCACCGUUCCCCCGUUCUCUGCGGGAGCCAGGCGAGUCUCUCUGCUUCUCUCCUCUUCUUCGAUCUGGUCAUCUCGACGGGAUUUCCCCUCAUUCAUCUCCCUCGAUCUUUGAUUCUCCUCGCCGGAUUUGCUCCUGUUUUCUCUCCCAUCCCUCGUUUUCGAGCGCUGAUUCUCCUGAUCUCUCCGAAUUCGAGCAGAGGCAGAGGCCUUCACCUUCGAUUCAUAAUCAUCCUGCUUACCUUCCCUAACAGGGAUUGUGGUCGCGCCGGCUGGAUGGCGGCUUCUCGCCGGCGAUCACCAGGCGGCGGCAUGGACCGGCGAAAUCUCGCAAGACGGGGCUGCUUGAGGCCCGGGCAGUGGACAUGCCCGCGGGACAGUCCGACGGCCCCCAGAGGCUCCCCAUGGGCAUGGCCAUGGAGUCUCUGAGAGAGCUCUGGGGAAGGUGCCCCGAGCCAAUCAGGAGCUUCCCCUGGGUGAGAGCUUCUGGUCACCUUCUCGGGAUCAUCUUCGACCUCGUCCUCACGGUGGCCAAGUACCUGUCUAUUCCAGUGCUAGCGGUGUCAUCUCUCAGCGAGAUGUCCUACUGCGCCCAUGAGAGGAAGAUGAUCGUCAUACCCGCUCCCUUCCUCUGCGGCAUCGCCGUCGCCAAAGUCCUCCAGGAGACGGCACUCAAGAUGUCCCCCAGCUUCAAGGUUUCUCUCUCUCUCUCUCUCUCUCCUCAUCCUCUGCAUCUCCCUCUUCCCAUUCACUUCCAUCUAUCAUGA